AUGUCCCAGAACGAAAGAACCUUUAUUGCCAUCAAGCCAGACGGUGUCCAAAGAGGCCUGAUCUCCAAGAUCUUGGGCCGUUUUGAAGACAGAGGUUUCAAAUUGGUCGGUAUCAAGUUGGUUACUCCUACUGAGAACUUGCUCAAGGAGCACUACGCCGAACACGUCAACAAAUCGUUCUUCCCCAAGAUGCUGUCGUACAUGAUGUCCGGACCUAUCUUGGCCACUGUGUGGGAAGGUAAAGACGUUGUUCGUCAAGGACGUGCGAUUUUGGGUGCCACUAACCCUCUAAAUUCCGCUCCUGGUACCAUCAGAGGUGAUUUUGCCAUUGAUAUGGGCAGAAACGUGUGUCACGGAUCCGACUCUGUGGAGUCCGCCAAUAACGAGAUUUCCUUGUGGUUCAAGCCAGAAGAACUUGUUGACUGGAAACUCAACCAGCAGUCCUGGAUCUACGAGUAA